ACACUGCAGAGACCCAGUUUCCUGGUUUUCUAGUGGGGUAAGCACAUAGCGCAAAAAAAAAGAAAAUGUUCUCCACUUACUAGAUCAGCUAGCAGUAGUCUGUUCGCUGAUCGGAUGCAAGUAACACGCGUUUCAUACUCCGGUUAUGAAAUAUUCUAAAGAAAACCGAACCAUUCUUCAUACAAUAAGAUGUUUCUGCUUUGAAAGUUAAUUGGCGUUGCUGAGGAUAAAGAAAAGGAGGAAAGAAGCCAUGAAUGGAAUGCGAACAAUUUUCUGCUAUUUCUGCUUUGUGAUUAUGUUGGAGAGUCUUGUUCACGCUGAAGAACCGAACGACCCGAAUGAAAAUCUACGACUUGAUAUAUCUCGAGGAGUUACGUUGCACGUCGCAAACAAUACAACGAGCAUAGUUAUCAGAAUGUCGACUCUGCUCAAGAAAAAUGAUGUAGAACAGAGGAACGUGGGCAGAUUAGCCUUUAGAAAGGAUUUUCUGAGGAGAAUUGGUAUGACGAUAAUGAUGAUUCCGAUGAUAAUACAGUUAAUCAGCUUACCGGCUACUCUAGCGUCCAUCAAAAUGAGUUUGUUAAGAAGUUUAUUGGUAGGAAAAAUAGCACUAAUUGUGAUACUCUUCAAUGCGCUGAGGAAUUCGCAAAAAUCGGAGGUGGUAUUGGUCCACAGACCUGAGUAUCACGAACACUACUACAAUUCUUAUCAUCAACCGGAAGACGACGACGAAGGCUGGGUGGGAAGAUGAAGAAAACGCAAGUUCUUCGAAUAAAACAUCUUCGAGCGCAUCAUGAACAAUGUAUUAUCGUUUCUCUACCUGUUUUCUUAUCGACAAAGUGCGUGAAACUGUGCUGUGACGACGCUAAAGAAGACAUUAUUUCUGUAUAAAUUGUAACGUUUUUUUUUUC